CCGGCAGCUCUGCUGCCAUGCCCUCCCCGUCUCUGCUCUCUUCUGCGCCCGCUGCAGCCGUUACAGAAACAGCUGCUUCAGCAACAGCAACACAGUCCCACCGAUAAAAGCGAGGAGAAAGUGAAGUGAAGAACUGAGACACUGAGUCCUCUCGCGCGCUGUCUCUCUCUCUAGCCAUUUGAUUCAAGCAUUGACACGGGGCCAGUUGCUGUGCAGGAGCAGCAGCGACGACGACCGCAUCAAAACGAAGCUGCGACAGCAAGCGAGAGAAAAGAAUGUGGUGAGGGAGCGAGAGAUAGAGAUAAGGGGAAGGGGGAGGAGUUAUGGAGGUCGGGGCUGCAGAGGGUACGGAAGAGGCAUGGUUCGGGCGUCGCUUUUGACCCUCUUCCUUUUGGCAAAGCUUAUGUCUGGUUAAGGAGCCCGAGAUAGAGGUGCGGUGGGGAAAGGGAGAAGAAAAGCCGAAGCUUUUUUGGUCUUUGGCUCUUCUAUUUAGCUCUCUGUCUCUGUUCCUUUGCUCUGCUCUCGACUCUGCUUCUGCUUGUCUCCCGCCUCCCACGCUUGUCUUCUGAGCCCUUAGCCUUUAGCGCUCUCCCCACAUGCGUCGCUUCACCAUUCCUGUGUUCUCGCUCCUUCCCUCAUCCUUAGCUUGACCAGCAUCCGACCUGUCCCCUCUUCCCCUGCCUUUGGGUCCUCCCUUUCUUGGUUUCGCCUUUUGGGUCCUGUGCUGCUCGUUUCUUUGGUUCGGAGACAAUGGGGAUCGAUUUGAACACGAUAGAGGAGGAGGAUGAGGAGCCGGAGCACCCAGCCCAUGCCGCUCCACCGCCCGCGGCAGCGGCAGUUGAGGACGCGUUUCAGGGAACGCCUGUGUGCCUGGAGCUGUGGCACGCCUGCGCAGGGCCCCGUAUAUGGUUGCCCAAGAAGGGGAGCUUGGUGGUGUACUUGCCGCAGGGGCACAUGGAGCACCUCGGGGACGGCGGAGGCGGCGGCGCCGACGGUGGAGGGAGAGGGGGAAUCUGCCGCCGUGAUGUGCCCCCUCAUUGCUUAUGUCGUGUGAUCGACGUCAAGCUCCAUGCUGAUGCCGCUACAGACGAUGUGUACGCUCAGCUCUCUCUUCUUGCCGAAAGCGAGGAUUUUGAACGAAGAAUGAAGAUGGGUGAGGUUGAAGGAAAUGAGGAAGGAGAUGAUGUUGAGUGCAUAAACAGAUCCUCUGUCCCCCAUAUGUUCUGCAAGACCCUCACUGCAUCUGACACUAGCACCCAUGGAGGGUUCUCUGUGCCCCGCCGAGCUGCUGAGGACUGCUUCCCUCCCCUGGAUUAUAAGCUGCAGAGACCUUCGCAAGAGCUUAUUGCAAAAGACUUACAUGGCAUGGAAUGGAGGUUUCGACAUAUCUAUAGAGGUCAACCGCGCAGGCAUCUUCUUACAACUGGAUGGAGUGCAUUUGUGAAUAGGAAAAAGCUCAUAUCAGGAGAUGCAGUGCUCUUUCUUCGGGGUACUGAUGGGGAGCUUAGAUUGGGUAUUAGGAGAGCAGUACAAUUUAAAAGCAGCAAUCCAGUUUCAGCACAUCCAAGUGGGAACUCGACUCUUGCUACAUUGGCCGAUAUUGCUAACGCUGUGUCCACAAGAAAAGUCUUCCAUGUCUAUUAUAACCCAAGGGCAAACUCGUCGGAUUUCAUUGUUCCAUACUGGAAAUUUGUAAAAAGCUUCAAUAGUUCCAUUUCUGUGGGAAUCAGGUUCAAAAUGAUUUAUGAAAGUGACGAUGCCUCAGAGAGAAGGUUUGAUAUACGUUCUUUUUUAGGAUUUAAAUUGAGAUGUGUUGAAUGUUGUUCAUUUACCUUUUUCUAUAGGUCCACAGGACUGGUAACUGGGAUCAGUGACAUGGACCCUGUAAGAUGGCCUGGUUCCAAGUGGAGGUGUCUGUUGGUAAAUUGGGACGUUGAUGCAGAUACUAAUCAACAGAAUAGGAUAUCCCCAUGGGAAAUUGAACCGACUGGUUCAGUUUCGGGCUCUGGCAGCCUGUCAACAGUAGGUUCCAAGAGGGCCAAAAUCGGUCUUCCCUCUGUCAAUAUGGAUUUUCCAAUUCCGAAUGGAAAUGGUUGUCCAGACUUGAGGGAAUCUGCAAGUAUCCACAAGGUCUUGCAAGGUCAAGAAUUUAUGAGACUCGGUGCUCCAAAUUGCAUUGGUGUGACAGCUUCUCAUGUUUUCGGGAUUGGAAAUCCUCAGUACUCAGAGAAGGGAUGUUCCGCUGAUGCAAAUGGCAGCAUCAUAGGUGAAUCUGUUCCAGGAGGUAGGGUCAGAAUCCCACAUGGAAAAUCUGACUCGUCCUUCAAUCGCACAGGCUUUAGUGAAUCUAUCCGAUUCCAGAAGGUCUUGCAAGGUCAAGAAGUUUUCUCAAGAAAUCCUCCUUUCCUUGGAGCACCAUGUGAUGCUCAUGUAAGGAAUGGUGUGUACGGCCAGUUUGAUGAUGUUCUCACAUCUCGUGCUGAAAGCAGAUUGCCUAUAGCACCCCAUGGAUAUGUUACUCUUCUUCAACAGUCUUUGCCAUCAAUUCAAGCAUUUUCCCCAUCUUCGGUGCUAAUGUUUCAAGAUGCAAGUUGUGUAUCUCUGUCAGCUCAUUCUAUGCCUGGCAUGAAUUAUCAAGACAGAGGUGAUGAAGGGUGCCGCUUUGCCAUGUUAAAUGGUUCAGAACCCUUGCAUAGAGAAGAAUCAAACUUUCCAUCUUGGCCUCCAACAUUGGCUUGUCAUUUUGCCAACCAGCAAUGCAAAAUGGUAAAAGUCCAUGAUCCUGUCUUGGAUGGUAAGCUGGACUUUGAAAACGAGCGAAGUGUCAGCCGAAAAGGUUGCAGACUUUUUGGUUUUCCCUUAACCGAGAGGAUUCCUGUGGCAAAUUUAGUCGACAAACCUCCUCCAGUCACUCCAGCUACUUCAAUGCCUCAAAUGCCUGCUAAGCCCGUCGGGUGCAGCAGUGCCCUUUAUGCUUUGCGUGCAGCUCCAAUUUAGGACUUCAUCACUGGAACAAACCCGAGUUUCACAUGCAUCCAAAUGCUGCAAGCAGGUAAAUCAUAUCUGACUUGAAUUCCCAAUUAUUAUUCAGAUGUCCUGUUGAACAACCUGGAAAAGGAUGCCAUGUCCUCGAUACCUAUAACAAGGAUGAUACGGUGCUAGCCAUCGAUGAUCCUUAGCGGUUUAAGGCUACCGUGCCAGUAUGCGGUCAGCAUUUUGCAAAGUAACCGGACUGGAUUACUAAAUUAGGUUUUCAACUAAAUUAUCAACCGCAGCAUUUUCUUGUUUGGUUUCUGAUGCAUUUAACAGUCA